AUGUCAAACUAUCAACUCUCUUCAAUUGAUGAUGUUAAACUUAAUCGAUUCUGUUAUGAAAUAUUGCCCAAAAUAAAUUGUAAGAUUGUAGGACUUAGUCUUGCAUUACAUUCUAUGGAACGUAUUCUGCUUGCUAGUCAAUAUCCUAAUCUUACAGUGCUUGUCAUUGCAAUUGAUUCACCGAACAUACUUUUAAAUUAUUUAACAGAGGAAUCACCAAUCGCUUGUUUGUUACAAAAGCAGAUCAGAGACAUUACUGUUAUGACUACACAUGAAGUGUUUACCAAUGAAUUGUUUACAAAUACAUGUGUGGGUAUUCUUGCCAUCUGUACAAACUUGUUUCAUUUGAAUAUGAAUCGAUGGAUAAAAGGCGAUACUACUCAACUUUCACUUUGUCAACAACCGCUGAAUAUUUGUUGUUCUUCACGUUUGCGUAAUCUAUCUAUUAAGAAAGUUUUAUCUAAUCUAAAAGAAUUCUCUUUGACUAGUGUUAUGCAUACAAAUGCUUAUGAUUGUCGAAUAUUGUCACUUCUUCGUCGAAUGCCAAAUUUGAAUAAACUGACACUAUCACUUAAUGUAAUGCGAUUAACAGUUAUUGAUGGUAUUCAUCUUGAUGAAAAAAUUCUUAUUCAUAUGUUAUAUUUAAAUACAUUCAUAUUUCACAUUUGUACAAUCAUAUCGACUUCAGAAACCAAUUAUUUCUUAUCACCUAAUUAUAUUCGAAAUACAUUUAAUAAUUGGAAAUAUUCGCCAGUUAGUUGUUAUAUAGAUCAUUUUUCAGAUGGAUUUACUUAUUGUAAUAUUUAUUCAAUAACAUGUCAAAUGACUCGUUUCAUGCAUCUUACUAAUAGUUCUCGUGGUUAUCAUUUUCAAUUUGUUACCUAUUUAACGUUGUACGAUAUAUGUCCAUUUGAACAUGAUUUUUUUGAAUGGAUAUCUCGAGCUUUUCCAUUACUUGAAUACUUGUUAAUCCAUAAUUCCAUACCACAAGAAAAUAAAUGUGAAAUGGAAUCAAUUCAUAACAAAAAAAUGUAUUCAAAUAUAUCAUAUUUACAUCUAACUCGACUUCGUCUUGAUGAUGCGCAUAUUGAUUAUGCUGAUCAAUUUCUACGUCAUACAAAUGCAUAUGUUCCACGUCUUCAAUCACUUGGAAUACAAUACGAAAAAUUAGUUACUGUUACGAACAAUUUUACAAAUAAUGUAACACGACUCAAUUGUAGUAAAAUCAAGCAAGUCAUAUUUGAUGAAUUACUUGUUCAUUCAGAACAUUUUUAUCUUUUUUUUCCUUCUUUGAUAAAAUAA